AUGUCAGGGACCUCCUCCCAUGACUCCUUCUACAAUGCCCUGUCAGCAUCUAUGCAGGAAGAAAGCAAGAAUGCUGAAUUCUUCCCAGAGCUGUCUGCUUUUCUCAGCCAGGAAGAGAUAAACAAGAGCCUGGACCUGGCACGGAGAGCAAUAGCUAACUCUGGAACCGAAGAUUUUGACUCCGAAAAGGAGAUCUCGCAGAUUUUUAACCCCACUCCUGUAAGCCUCUGUGAAAAUCCUUUCCAUGAGGAGACCAAAUUGACUGAACAAACCUCACAAAGACCUCAAGAUAACAGGCCAACAGCUGUCCAGCCUUUGGCAGAAAGACAAACUAAAAGCAUCUCUUCACCUGUUUCAAAGAGGAAACCUUCCCUGUCACCCCUGCUCGCCAGCCCCAGCUAUAUCCGGAGCCUCCGAAAGGCUGAAAAGCGUGGAGCAAAAACUCCCAGCACUAACGUAAAGGCCAAACCUGCUCCUCAGGGUAAGGCUGGCCCCCAGAGCCAGCUGUGUGAAAAGGCAGCCAAUUUCAUCGAAGAGUUGACGUCCAUAUUUAGAGAAGCAGCAAAGCCAAGAAACAGAAGUCCAAAUGGGGAGUCCUCGUCCCCUGAUAGUGGGUACCUGUCUCCUAAAAGUCAGCCAUCAGCCCUGCUGAGUGCCUCGGCCAGCCAGAGCCCCACACAAGAUCAGCAGGAGCUGGAAGCCAAGGUCAAGCCACCUGAGGCCAGGCAUUGUCACCAGGCAGCCCAGGACACAGUGGAGCCACGCGCCAACCUCGCUCACCCACAGCCCCAGAGCACGCUGCUCUUCCCGUCUGCUCCUCAGUUCCUCCAAAAGCUCCAGAGCCAAGAAGUGGCAGAAGGCAGCCAAGUGUUCCUGCAGUGCAGAGUCACUGGAAACCCAGCUCCUCUAGUCAGGUGGUUCUGUGACGAGAAGGAGCUGCUUAGCUCUCCGGACAUCCAGAUCUGCUGUGUGGGGGGUGAUCUCCACACACUGGUCAUAGCUGAGGCCUUUGAGGACGACACAGGUCGCUACACCUGCCUGGCCACGAACCCCAGUGGUUCAGACUCAACGUCUGCCGAGGUGUUCAUCGAAGGUGCAAGUUCAACAGAUUCUGACAGUGAAUGUUCAGCCUUCAAAUUAAAAGCUGGAGUUAUGCCACAAGCUCAAAAGAAAACGACUUCUGUUUCCUUGACAAUAGGAGCAUCAUCUCCAAAGGCAGGAGUGACCACUGCUGUAAUCCAGCCAUUGUCUGCCCCUGCUCAGCAGGUUCAAAGCCCAACUUCAUAUCUCUGCCGACCUGAUGGAACCACUGCUGCCUACUUCCCUCCUGUGUUCACCAAGGAUCUGCAAAACACAGCCGUGGCAGAGGGCCAGGCUGUGGUCCUGGAGUGCCGAGCCCGUGGAGCACCCCCUCUGCAGGUGCAGUGGUUCCGGCAAGGGAGUGAAAUCCAAGACUCUCCAGAUUUCAGAAUUCUACAGAAAAAGCCUAGAUCUACAGCUGAACCUGAAGAAAUCUGCACCCUGGUUAUCGCAGAAACAUUCCCUGAAGAUGCAGGGAUCUUCACAUGCUUGGCCAGAAAUGAGUAUGGGUCGGCCACAAGCACUGCCCAGCUGGUUGUCACCUCGGCCAACACUGAGAACUAUGGCUGUAACUCAGCAGGAGAGUUCAGUGAUGAUCACUUCCAGCACUUCCCACCUCCCCCUCCAGUCUUGGAGACAAGUUCCCCCAGCCUGGUUUUAAAGAGACCCUCUGAGGUGCAGCAGGGGAGAAGUCCCAAGGCAGGCCUGAGCACAGCAGCCCUUCAUAUGAAAUGCGGUUCUGCAGAGACAGAAACCAACGGGAUCCAUCCACGCCAUGGAGUAAAUGGACUGAUUAAUGGCAAAGUGAAUGAUGACAGCGCACUUCCAGCACCUGCUGUCCUGCCUUCGCCCAGUAAGGAGCCACCACCUCUGCUUGCCAAACCCAAACUGGGCUUUCCACAGAAGGCCAGCAGGACUGCCAGAAUAGCCUCAGACGAGGAGAUUCAAGGCACAAAGGAUGCUGUUAUUCAAGACCUGGAACGGAAACUUCGCUUCAAAGAGGACCUUCUGAACAAUGGCCAACCGAGGUUAACAUAUGAAGAAAGAAUGGCUCGACGACUGUUGGGUGCUGACAGUGCAACGGUCUUCAACAUCCAGGAGCCUGAAGAGGAGCCAGCUAAUCAGGAAAUUGGGUCUCCUCAUGCUUCUGUAGGGAAUCCUCUGGAUGGUCAAAAGGAGUACAAAGUCUCCAGCUGUGAGCAAAGGCUCAUCAGCGAGAUCGAGUACCGGCUGGAGAGGUCUCCUGUGCAAGAGUCAGGAGAGGAAGUGCCCUUUGUGGAUGUCCCUGUGGACAAGAGGGUGGCCCCGAUCUUUGAGAUGAAGCUGAAACAUUACAAGAUCUUUGAGGGGAUGCCAGUGACUUUCACCUGUAAAGUGUCUGGGAAUCCAACGCCAAAUGUCUAUUGGUUUAAAGAUGGGAAGCAGGUUUCUCCCAAGAGCAGUCACUAUGCCAUUCAGAGAGACCCAGACGGGACCUGUUCCCUCCACACCAUGGCCUCCACCCUGGAUGAUGAUGGGAAUUACACCAUCAUGGCUGCAAACCCUCAGGGCCGCACCAGCUGCACUGGACGGCUGAUGGUCCAGGCUGUCAACCAGAGAGGCCGCAGUCCCCGCGCCCCCUCAGGCCACCCUCAUGCCAGAAGGCCUCGAUCCAGAUCAAGGGACAGUGGAGAUGAAAAUGAGCCAAUUCAGGAGCGAUUCUGCAGACCUCACUUCCUACAGGCCCCUGGAGACCUGACUGUUCAGGAAGGAAAACUCUGCAGGAUGGAUUGCAAAGUCAGUGGGUUACCAAACCCAGACUUGAACUGGCAGCUCGAUGGAAAGCCCAUACGGCCUGACAGCACUCACAAGAUGCUGGUGCGCGAGAAUGGGGUACACUCCCUGAUCAUAGAGCCUGUCACAGCUCAGGACGCUGGCAUCUACACAUGCAUUGCCACCAACCGGGCAGGGCAGAACUCCUUCAGCCUAGAGCUGGUGGUUGCAGCCAAAGAAGUGCACAAGCCUCCCAUGUUCAUUGAGAAGCUGCAGAACACGGGGGUCGCUGAUGGGUACCCCGUGCGGCUAGAGUGCCAUGUCUCAGGAGUGCCACCACCACAGAUAUUUUGGAAGAAAGAAAACGAGUCACUCACUCACAGCACUGAUCGUGUGAGCAUGCACCAGGAUAGCCAUGGCUACGUUUGCCUGCUUAUCCAAGGAGCCACCAAGGAUGAUGCCGGGUGGUACACCGUGUCAGCCAAGAACGAAGCGGGGAUUGUAUCCUGCACUGCCAGGCUGGAUGUUUACACCCAGUGGCAUCAGCAGCCGCAGAGCACCAAGCCAAAGAAAGUCCGGCCCUCUGCCAGUCGCUAUGCGGCACUUUCGGACCAGGGACUAGACAUCAAAGCAGCCUUCCAGCCUGAAGCUAGCCCAUCCCACCUGGCACUGAGCACCAUCUUGGUGGAAAGUGAGGACCUGUGACUGGCUCUCUUGUUGGUGCUGAAACACCAAGACAGCCACUGCCUUGACCAACAUGCUCCUUUGUCACCUUACGUAAAAGUGACUGUAAGAAAUAAACACCAAAAUAAUAUUUUUCUUACUUGAUAAACCAAAUUUAGCAUUUAAGUAGGUGAUGCUAAUAGAAGUAUACACAUUGCACAGAAAAAUUCACAUUUAUUGUCCAAUUUGAUACUUUUGGAAUUGCUAUCAUUAAAGUGAUCUGAAAUGCCAGAAUGCUAAAGGAAAUCAGUUGUUCACAGGAAACCACGUCGGUGUUACCUACAUGUGCCUUAAACACAGCUAUAGGUGCCAUGCAGCAAGAUGGCGCUAAACACUGAAUGUGAAGCGGCUGUGCCACAAACACAACAGUGACUCUGAGACUGUUCAGCCAGCUGUGGUGAGCCAAGUGCAAUACGCAAGGAUGAAAGAGGAAGAGCUGACAGAAAGCCAAGUAAAUGCCUUGUCUUCGUAAAUGGUUUUGUCUUAAAUCAUAAGGAAGGAACUACUUGCCUUAAAUUUUAUUAGUGUUAAGAGUUUUCUAACAAGGUUAAUACCUUACUUUUUAACUUUUUUUUCUUUGUGGUAGUAUUUUCUUUCCAUGCUACCUUGGUAGGAAGCUUAUGUACAAACCAUAUUAAAAGGGUAAUUUAAAUAUAAAUAAUAUAAAGUAUUUUGAAUAAAGCAGAACUACAUUAUGGUCCAUUCCUCUAAAGGUACCCAAACCACCGAAAUGACCAAGGCAUACACUAUUUGAGGGACAUGGGUCUGUGAGGAGAAGGGAGAAUUAAGGAAGGUGCCACCAGCACAAUUACAUUGUAGUCAUUCACACACAGAGAGAAAGGGCAUGAGGGCUGCCAAAGACAAGACACUGCCAAUCACAAGUUGAGGAAUUUAGGGUCAGGUGGAAGUUUAGAGCAUGUGUGCAACAGGAACUAGAGAGUGAAGUGUGUGCAGGGUGAAGAUGUAGGUGGUUAGGGCAAGCAGAUAAUGAAUUGAAGGUGUAAGACAGGCACAGACACAAAGCUACAGUGGGAUGUCCACUGGAAGGAAGUGGAGACCGGAGAGACAGAAUAGGUCUGUGCCAUAAUGGGCCUUUAGUGGCACCAUGAAGUGGACUGUGG